AUCCAACACUUUUGUCUUCGUAUCCGGAUUAAAAAAAGAGAGGAGAAAAAGAAAUGAUGAAUUUUUUGGCUAUUUCUCUGGUAUUAACCACACUUGUUACUGCAGGAUUUUUCAAUCCGAAUCCAGAGAAUAAUAAGAAAAAAGAAGAUGUUAUUUUAAAAGAAGGCCCUAGAGUUGUAGUAGUUGAAUUUGAUAAAGAAGAUGGUACCAAAAUCUUAAUCUCCCCACAACAAGAAGCUGAAAUUCCAAAAGGAAAAUCAGGGUAUGUUUCUGAUCUCAAAGACAAGUUACAUGAAAAAGCCGAGGAAGCAUCUUCUGUUCUUCCAAAUAUUGGUCAAGGAAUUUCAAGUCCCUAUGUAAAUCAAGAAAAUGGUGAAAUUGUUACUAAGCCUAGUGCUAAAGAUGUAGUUUGUGAUGCAUUUGGCAAGUGCAAAGAAAAAUUUGCUAGUGCUUUGGGUAAAACCAAAGAUAAGGUUUCAGAAAAAGCACAUGAAACGGCUGAUAAAGUUGAUGAAGUUAAAGAAGGGGCAAAAGGGGCUGCUGAGAAAGUGAAAGAAAGUAUUAAAGAUGCAUAUAGUGAAGCCUCAGAUAAGGUGAAGGAAAAAGCAAAGGAUGUGAUUGACACAACAAAGAGAAAAAAGGGUGAAGUGGAGAGUGAAAUCUCUGAGAAGGCGAAAGAAUUAAAGGAGAAAUCUGAACAAGUGAAAGAUUCAGUAAAAGAAGGUGCAAAGAAGGUUAAAGAAGAAGGGAAAAAGGAGUUGAAGGAUAUACUCGGGCGAGGACGUGAAUUCUUUUAUGAUGUAUUUGCUUAUAUUUUCUCGCUAGAGAAUUUGCGCACUGUGAUGCUUUUGGUGCAUUUUCUAGGCUUUGCUGUGGCUUAUGGGAUGUGUAUUUGGGUGACGUUUGUUUCGAGUUAUGUGUUGGCUAGAGCUUUGCCGAGGCAGCAAUUUGCUUUGGUUCAGAGUAAGAUUUACCUUGUCUACUUCAAGGCCAUGGCUUAUUGCGUUGGCGCUGCAUUCCUCGGCCAUUUGUUGAGCCAAAAACGUCGACUUUACGCGAGUUCCGCUGAAGCGGUUCAAGGUUUUAAUCUUCUGGCGUCAAUCGCUAUGCUUUUGGUCAAUUUGCUCUACUUAGAGCCUCGAGCCACAAAGGUUAUGUUUGAGAGAUUGAAGUUGGAGAAGGAAGAAGGUAGAGGUAGAGAUAUAUUUAACGUUGAACCAAGCAGUAGAGGAGUGGAUUCGGUGUUGGAUCCUACAUGCACAAAGAUAACUAGUCAGACGACAACAACAACUAGUAAACCUGCAGAAAAAUCUCCAGAAGUAGAAGCAGUGGUGAAGCCUCAAGUGGUCAGAUUGAGUCAGAAACUAAAGAAGUUGAAUUCAUAUUCAUCUUUUCUUAAUGUGCUGACACUUAUGGCUCUUAGUCAUCAUCUUGUUCACCUUACUCAGUUAGUCGAUGCCUGAAGCUUUUGAUGCUUCAUUCUCCUCUAGUAUUAGUAUUAUAAUACAUGCUACUAAUCAGAUGUUGACACUGUUUACUUUGUUACUAUUUUGGUGGAGAUUGCUACUAGUACUUUUUUUCCUUCUGACUUUUGUCUAGGUAUUGUCUUUUGUCUGUUUGUUGUACACAGCAAACGUUGAAUAGGAACUGAAACUAACUACCUCCUUGUUUACUCUUUCA